UGCAAUCCUCCAGGCCAUAAUGGAGUCUGCUGUAGCCAAUAACUGGCAGGUGACAGCUCGCUCGGUUGGGAACAUUGUGGACCCCACAGAGUACAGACGCAUCAUCGAGGAGAUGGACCGCCGACAGGAGAAACGCUUUCUCAUCGACUGCGAAGUGGAUAGGAUCAACUUGAUACUCCAGCAGGUGGUGACCUCAGGGAAGAACACCAGAGGAUACCACUAUAUCCUAGCCAACCUGGGGUUUUCCAACAUGAGUCUGGACGGGGUCUUUUCUGGUGGGGCCAACAUUACCGGCUUCCAGAUCAUCAACCCAGACAGCCCCAUCGUGCAGCAGUUCCUCCAGCGGUGGGAGCGCUUGGAUGAAAGAGAAUUUCCAGAAGCCAAAAACACCCCGCUGAAGUACACAUCAGCUCUAACACAUGAUGCCAUCCUUGUGAUCGCGGAGGCCUUUCGGUAUCUUCGGCGCCAGCGAGUAGAUGUUUCACGCAGAGGAAGUGCAGGGGACUGCCUCGCCAACCCCGCUGUGCCUUGGAGCCAAGGCAUUGACAUAGAAAGGGCACUCAAAAUGGUCCAAGUUCCAGGUAUGACAGGAAACAUCCAGUUUGACACAUUUGGGCGGCGGUCUAAUUACACAAUUGACGUGUAUGAGAUGAAACCCAAGGGUCCCAGGAGGAUCGGCUACUGGAAUGAGUACGAAAAAUUUGUAUAUAUUAUGGAUCAGCAGGUCACCAACGAGUCCUCUUCUGUGGAAAACCGAACAAUUGUGGUCACUACUAUUAUGGAAGCUCCAUAUGUGAUGUACAAGAAAAACUAUAUGCAGAUGGACGGCAAUGACAGAUAUGAAGGCUACUGUGUCGAUUUAGCUUCUGAAAUUGCAAAGCAUGUGGGCAUUAGAUAUAAGCUGUCCAUAGUGCCUGAUGGAAAAUAUGGAGCCAGAGACCCGGAAACCAAGACUUGGAACGGGAUGGUGGGCGAACUGGUUUAUGGGAGAGCUGAUAUAGCCGUGGCUCCUCUCACCAUAACUUUGGUGCGGGAAGAAGUGAUAGACUUCUCGAAACCCUUCAUGAGUUUGGGAAUCUCUAUUAUGAUAAAGAAGCCUCAAAAGUCUAAGCCAGGAGUGUUUUCCUUCCUGGACCCUCUGGCCUAUGAGAUCUGGAUGUGCAUAGUUUUUGCCUAUAUCGGCGUGAGCGUGGUGCUCUUCCUGGUGAGCCGCUUCAGCCCUUAUGAGUGGCACUUGGAUGAGAACGAUGAGGCCAAAGACCCUCAGAGCCCCCCUGACCCUCCAAACGACUUUGGGAUUUUUAAUAGCCUGUGGUUCUCCCUGGGUGCCUUCAUGCAGCAAGGAUGCGAUAUCUCACCAAGGUCUCUGUCCGGCCGUAUUGUCGGGGGAGUGUGGUGGUUCUUCACCCUCAUCAUCAUCUCUUCCUACACGGCCAACCUUGCUGCCUUCCUUACUGUGGAGAGGAUGGUCUCUCCGAUUGAGAGCGCCGAGGACCUGGCUAAGCAGACGGAGAUCGCCUACGGCACUCUAGACUCAGGCUCCACUAAGGAGUUCUUUAGGCGCUCCAAAAUAGCCGUGUAUGAGAAAAUGUGGUCCUACAUGAAAUCAGCUGAACCAUCUGUGUUUGUGAAGACGACACCGGACGGGGUCUCCCGGGUGCGGAAGUCGAAGGGAAAGUUUGCGUUUCUGCUGGAAUCCACGAUGAACGAGUACAUAGAGCAGCGGAAGCCCUGCGACACCAUGAAAGUGGGCGGCAACCUGGACUCUAAGGGCUACGGCGUGGCCACGCCUAAAGGCUCAGCAUUAGGAACUCCUGUAAACCUUGCAGUAUUGAAACUCAGUGAACAAGGCAUCUUAGACAAGCUGAAAAACAAAUGGUGGUACGAUAAGGGUGAAUGUGGAACCAAGGACUCUGGAAGUAAGGUCAGUCGCUGCAGGUCUUUUUAUACUGAUGGAAAAAAAAUGCAUUUUACCUUCACUGUUCAUAUGCAGACAUGUAGAGCUUACAGACACGCUGGCAUGAAACACAGUCAUGGAGACUAGAUUACUUUUGCACACUGCAGUUUAGCUCAUUUACACCACAGGUGCACUGAUGCAUUACUCUACCUCUCUGUGCAGACACAUAAAAAUCCAGCAUGAUGAUGACACAGUUUUUUAUUCACUCCAUUAAAUCCUGAAAAGUUUAAUGACAGAACUUAAACCAUUAUGCUGCUAUUUUUCUUCCAAACUGUUAUUGAAAUUUACUUUACUGUUGGUCUUAUUUAUUUGUGUAACGAUCUGUUGAUAAACCCUUUACUAAAAAGAAAAGUAAUAAACUUGGGAAGCUGUGCAGAGUUUUUCCCAAAAUGGUGAUUUUCAAACGGUAUUUAAAGCAACACUGUGUAACUUUUAGCCACUAGGGGCGCUAGACUUAUUACUUUCAGGUUUAGUCCUAAUGAGAUCAGCUGGCAACCUUGCACUGUGGCUAAAUAAAACAAUCUCUGUUGGAAUCUGAUAGAUCCUGGGAAAAUAAAGGUUAUAUUUACACUUAAGAUCAUCAUCCUCUCGCAACAACUGUUAGCUUUGGUGUUUAAGGAGAACUCAGACAUAAAGCAGCGCUUGGGUAGUAUGACUCAUUCAAUGAUAGAUCUGAAUCCUGACUAGGGCUGGGCAAUAAAAGAAUAUAAAUUAAAUUAUGUCUGAUAGAGAGAUUUAUAAUAUCACUAAAGUCUGAUCUAACACUGCAUUUUUGGGGAUGUAGGCAGACCAAAGGAGUGCCUCUCAUCCUCUCACACCAGGCUACGCUAGGUUUUUAAUAGGCCUGGGCUUAACUUAAACAAAAAAAAGGUUACGUUUAGUAAAGGGAAAGGUUAGGGUGAUGCUUUUUUCUUUAGGCCUUUAUUUCAAAUGUUUAACU